CGGUUCCCCUCAGUUUCCCCUCAGCGCCCCCUGGUACCCCCGGUUCCCCUUCAGCCCCCCUCGGUUCCCCUCAGUGCCCCCCGGUUCCCCUCAGUGCCCCCGGUUCCCCUCAGUUUCCCCUCAGCGCCCCCGGGUUCCCCCCGGGUUCCCUCCGGUUUCCCCCCCCCGCUCUCCCCGCUCACACGGCGCUUGCCGCCGCCAUGGAGACGCGUCGCGGCGUGAUGACGCAAGGGCGGGCGGCGCACGGUGAUUACGUCACGUUGCCGUGGAGCCCGGGACGCCAAAGGGGCGGAGAUGGCCGAGAAGGGGAAAUCCCGCGGGGCCGGCACCAGAUCGAAGCAGGACAAGCCCCGAGCGCAGCCCCGGCAGUCCAAGAGGGGCUCCCCCAGGAGCUCCGGGCGCACCUCGAUCCAGCCCAGCCCGUCCCCGGAGCCCCUGGAGCCGCUGGAUGUGGAGCCCAUCCUGGACGAGCUCCUGGAGCGGGUCCUGACCGAGGUCGCGCUGGCAGCCGUGGCUCGGCAGCGGGUGCCGUUCGCGGUGGCGCGGGCGCGGGAUGCCAUCCUGUUUGUCGCCGAGUGGCGCUUCCUGGUGCGGGAUGAAAAAGUCCCGGAGCCCGAGGGGGACCCGGAGCCCGAGCGGGACGGGGUCUGGAAGGAGGACGAGGAGCCCCCGGCCGGCAUCUGGGACUCGUGGACACCGGGCGUUGUCGCCGUCGCCUCUCCGCCCUCGGAAGAGCUCUCGUCCGAGGAGCUCUCCGAGGCAGAAGAGGCUCAAAGUCCGCCCGUGGGUCCCGGUGAGGUUCCCGCCGCUGCUCCCGCCGUGGGUUUCCCUCGGCCCCGCGGUCCGUUCCCGUCCGGGGCUCGCCCGGUGACAGCCAAAGGUCCCCUCGGCCGCGACACCGCCGCUGCUCCCGCCGUGGGUGUUCCUCUGUCCCCGGGCCAGUCCCGGUCCGCAGCCGCCGCCGCCGCUCCUCCCGUUCAGCCUCCCGUGCCGCGGCCGCCGCCCCGCCCGAAGCCGCCCAGCGCUGCCCAGCCCCGCGAGCGGGGCCGCCGCCUCUCCCGGUCCCCCGAGAGGAGGCGCCCACCCUCCCGAGCCCCCGGGAGGCGCCGCCAACCCUCGCGGCCCCCGCAGCCCCGGGCGGCCCCGCCGGAGGCGCCGCCGCCCCCGGUUCCGCCGCCGGUCGCGCCCCCGGUUCCGCCGCCGGUCGCGCCCCCGGAGCCCGCAGCGCCGGCAGCACCGGAGCCCCGCGAGCAAGAGGCACCGCCGCCAUCAUCAUCCUCCCGCUCCAGCGCGGGGUCCGUCCAUCCGCGCAGACUCUCCCACAGCCCCGGGGUGCCCCGGCUCGGUGCCCGGCGCGGUGCCGCCCGCUGGGUGCUGCCCGAGGUGAAGGUGCUGGACGUGAGCACCGAGGCCGAGCGGCCGCGCCUGGGAGCAUCGCGGACCCGGUUACCCCUGCCGGGAUCCCUCGUGCAGGUGAUCCCGGCGACCGCCAGGGCCGCCAGGGCCGAGCCGCAGCUCUGCGACCCCUGGCUGGCCUCGGUGCGCCUGGCUCCCGGUGUCACCGUGCGCUGGGGACGCUGCGAGCGGCGCGGGCCCGCCCUGGCGGGGCACGGCGGGGACGAGCAGGGGGACGAGGCGCUGAGGAGGGCGGAGAAGGACCUGAAACCCAUCCUGCCCUACCCGGAGUGCCGGCUCUCGGAGUACGGAGAGGCGGAGGAGUGGCAGGACAGCCCGCUGGAAACGGAGCGGCUCCCGGAGCUGCCCCUCCCGGCGCCCGGCCCCGCUCUGGGGGGAUCCCUGUCACCCCGAGUGUCGCCGGUGCAGUGGCUGGAACCGGCCGUGGCCUCGGGAGACCCUCCUGGAGAUCGGGGAUCUUUUAAUAAUAUAAAAUAG